GGAGGGAUUGCGAGUGUGAGCAGACGCGGAGCGGCCGCCAUCGGCCGCCGAGCCCGAACGAAGCCCCGAGCCGGGAUCCGGCGGGUGGCAGUCGGUACAGUUAACCCUCUCUCUCUCCUUCUCCCUCCCGACUUCUCCUCGCCCUCAUCCCCCACAACCCGGGAGUCAAACCCACCGCCAAUCGAACCGGAGGUGGGCAAGGGGCCCCGCCUUACCGGCCGAGCGAACGACGUGCGGGGGAGGGGGCGGACUCCGACGGAUGCCGCGGCCGGAGCGGCGGCUGAUGACCCCGGAGUGACCCCCUCCCUCCUACCCACCCCACCGUGCGCGUACCCGCGCCCGUGACGUAAGCUCCCGAUCCUCCCCUCCCCCCCUCGCGUGGACCCCCCCCACCCCAACCCAACCCCAACCUCAACCUCCACCCGCCCCCACGGGGUCGCCAGAUGUCGGAGUUCGAGGAGUUCGUGGCGCCGCCCGAGUGCCCGGUGUUCGAGCCGAGCUGGGAGGAGUUCGCCGAUCCGCUCGGUUACAUCGCCAAGAUCCGGCCGGUGGCCGAGCGCAGCGGCAUCUGCAAGAUCAGGCCGCCCCUGGACUGGCAGCCUCCUUUCGCGGUUGAGGUCGACAACUUCAAAUUCACACCCCGGAUUCAGCGGCUGAACGAAUUGGAGGCUCAGACCCGGGUAAAAUUAAACUUCCUGGACCAGAUCGCCAAGUUUUGGGAGUUGCAGGGAUCCACGUUAAAGAUUCCCAAUGUGGAGCGACGAAUGCUGGACUUGUACAGUCUUAACAAGAUUGUCCUGGACGAAGGAGGUUACGAGGCCAUCUGUCGGGACAGGCGGUGGUCAAGAGUGGCUCAGCGUCUGGGCUAUCCCCCGGGGAAGGGCAUCGGCUCCCUGCUUCGCUCCCACUACGAGAGGGUCAUCUACCCCUUCUACACCUUCCAGUCUGGAGCCAGUCUAGCGUGCCAGCCGGGGCCCCAGUAUGACAGCGAGGAGAAGGACCGGGAGUAUAAGCCGCACAGCAUCCCCCUGCGCCAGUCCGUUCAGCCCAACAAGAUGAACAGCUACGGACGCCGUGCCAAGCGGCUACAGGCUGAGACUGAGCCUACCGAGGCAGACAUUGCCAAGAACCCGGAGCUCAAGAAGCUGCAGAUUUAUGGAGCCGGCCCCAAAAUGGUGGGGCUGGGGCUGGUGGUGAAAGAUCGAGGCAGCAGGAAGAGAGACAAGGAUUGCCUGGACUGCCCGCCCACGCUGGUGGUGAAGGAAGAGAGCGUGGCCGAUCCGAAGGUGGAACCCUGCGCCCUGGAGCUUUGUGCGCAGGUGAAGGAGGAGCGGUCAGGGGGAGAGCCUGCUGGGAAGAUGACCAUGCGGCUGAGAAAGGGAGCUGCUACCUCGCAGCACGUGGAAUCGUACGUCUGUGUCAUCUGCUCCCGUGGUCCUGAGGAUUCCAAAAUGGUGCUGUGCGAAGGUUGCGAGGAUAGCUACCACACCUACUGCCUCAUUCCCCCACUGCCCGAGAUCCCACGAGGAGACUGGCGCUGCCCAAAGUGCGUCGUUGAAGAGUGUAAAAAACCGGCUGAGGCUUUUGGCUUCGAACAGGCGACGAGGGAGUAUACUCUACAGAGCUUCGGGGAGAUGGCGGACAGCUUCAAAUCCGAUUACUUCAACAUGCCCGCUCACAUGGUGCCCACUGAGCUGGUGGAGAAGGAGUUCUGGCGGCUGGUCAGCAGCAUCGAGGAGGAUGUCACGGUGGAGUACGGGGCCGAUAUCCAUUCCAAGGAAUUUGGCAGCGGAUUCCCCACCAAGGGCGGCAAGCGACAACUGGCCCCAGAGGAGGAGCAGUACACGGCGUGCGGCUGGAACCUGAAUGUGAUGCCAGUGCUGGAACAGUCAGUGCUGUGCCACAUCAACGCCGACAUCUCCGGCAUGAAGGUGCCCUGGCUCUACGUGGGCAUGUGCUUCGCUGCUUUCUGCUGGCACAUCGAAGACCAUUGGAGCUACUCCAUCAACUACCUGCACUGGGGAGAGCCUAAGACGUGGUAUGGUGUGCCAGCGUACGCAGCUGAGCAGCUGGAGGCUGUGAUGAAGAAGCUGACGCCAGAGCUGUUCGAGAGCCAGCCCGACCUUCUGCACCAGCUGGUCACCAUCAUGAACCCCAACAUCCUGAUGUCCCACGGAGUGCCCGUGGUAAGGACCAACCAGUGUGCAGGAGAGUUCGUCAUUACCUUCCCCAGGGCUUAUCACAGCGGCUUCAACCAAGGAUACAACUUUGCAGAGGCUGUCAACUUCUGUACUGCGGACUGGCUGCCGGCUGGACGCCGCUGCAUAGAGCACUACCGCUGGCUUCGGAGGUACUGCGUGUUUUCCCACGAGGAGCUGAUCUGCAAGAUGGCGGCCUGCUCGGAGAAGCUGGACCUGGGGCUGGCUGCGGCUGUCCACAAGGAGAUGUUCAUCAUGGUUCAGGAGGAACGGAAACUCAGGAAGGCCCUGCUCGAGAAGGGUAUCACGGAGGCAGAGAGGGAGGCGUUUGAGUUACUGCCUGACGACGAGAGGCAGUGUGACAAGUGUAAGACCACCUGCUUCCUGUCGGCCCUGGCCUGCUACAACUGCCUGGAGAGGCUGGUUUGUCUCUACCACAUCGACGAUCUGUGUGGCUGCCCACCCAGCCGACAUUACCUGAGGUACCGGUAUACCCUGGACGAGUUACCGGCCAUGUUACACAAGCUGAAGAUCCGGGCCGAGUCCUUCGACACCUGGGGGGCCAGAGUGAGAGCAGCACUGGAGCCGGAGACCAAGCAGAGGAGAACACUGGAGGAGCUGAGGGCACUGGUGUCGGAGGCAAAGGAGCGGAAGUACCCUGACAGCAGCCUGCUGCAGCAGCUGAAGAGCAGCGUGGAGGAGACAGAGAAGUGCAUCGCCGAGGUCCUGCAGCUGGUUCCCAGCAAGAAGGGCGUCAGGUCCCAGACAGACAGCGCCCAGUCCCCGGCCCGGAUGACGGUGGAGGGGCUGCGGAUGUUCAUCGAGCACCUGCAUUGCCUGCCGUGCGCCGUCAGUGAAAUCCGUGACUUACAGGGGUUACUAGAGGAGGCCGAGGCCUUCCAGGCAGAGGUGAAAACGGCGCUGAGGGAGCUGCCGACGGGCUCGCGGGGUCUCCGGGACCUGAUGGAGCGGGGAAGACGGCUGCCGCUGGACCUGCCCGAGCUGACCCGGCUGAGGCAGGAGACGCAGCAGGCCGAGUGGCUGAGCGAGGUGCGACAGACGCUGGCAGGCCGCGGGCAGGUGACGCUGGACCAGCUGAGGCCGCUCAUCGAGUCGGGUUCACGACUGGAGCCGCAGCCGGCUGUGGAGAAAGCCAUGGUGGAGCUGCAGGAGCUGGUGACCAUCUCCGAGCGGUGGGAGGAGAAGGCCGCGAUCUGCCUGGAGGCCAGGCAGAAGCACCCGGCGGCCACGCUUGAAGCCAUAAUAAAGGAGGCAGAGCACAUUCCAGUGGAACUGCCCAAAGUACUGGCCCUGAAGGAGGCGCUGUCCAAAGCCAAGGCCUGGAUCGCAGACGUCGAGGAGAUUCAGAAUGGAGACCACUACCCGUGCCUGGACGACCUGGAGGGGCUGGUGGCGGUAGGGCGCGACCUACCUGUUCGCAUGGAAGAACUACCUCAGCUGGAGAGCCAGGUAGCAGCUGCCCACUCCUGGAGAGAGAAAGCCACCAGGACGUUUCUCAAGAGGAAUUCCUGCUACACGCUACUGGAGGUUCUGUGCCCCUGUGCUGAUGUUGGGUCGGACAAUGCCAGGAGAUCCAAGUGGAAGAAAGCCAAGGAGAAUCUACUAGAUAAAGCGGACACCGAUGGCCUGGGAUUAUCCGCGCAAGACAUACGGGAUCCCGGAUCCAUUAUCCUGGCAUUCCGGGAGGCAGAGCAGAAGGAGAAGGAGGGCAUCCGUGCGCUGAGGCGAAGGAACGCGGCAGGACAGGGGGCCCCAGCCUGCGUGUGCGGGGAAGGGGCCGGUGAGGUGGCGCUGCAGUGUGAGCUGUGUGGCGGCCGCUACCACGGGACCUGCGUCUCCCCGGGGCGCUCAUCGCCCAGCUGGCGGGACGGCCAGGCCCGGUUCCUGUGCCCGCUGUGCCAGCGCUCGCGGCGGCCCCGCCUCCAGCUCAUCCUCUCGCUGCUGGUGGCUCUGCAGAGGUUGCCGGUGCGCCUGCCCGAGGGGGAAGCCCUCCAGUGCCUGACCGAGAGAGCCAUCCGGUGGCAGGACCGGGCCCGGCGGGCGCUCGCCUCCCGCGAGGUGGGCGCCGCCCUGGAGAGGCUGCAGGGGCAGCGGGUACGCACCGGGGCACAGACCCGACAGACUGAUGAGCAGAAGCCUGAAGCCGGGGAGGUGGCAAGAGACAGCACGGCUGUCAGUACCACAGAAACUCCAGUGUUGUCCUCUCCGUCCUCCCGCCGGACGUGUACAGGUACGGAGGAGCUGCGGCCCAACAGCCCAGCAGUUGAGCUAUCGGAGAUGGUCCAGCAACAGUUGGAGGAGCUGAUGGUUGACGGGGACCUGCUGGAAGUGACGCUGGAUGAAAGCCACAAUAUCUGGAGGGUGCUCCACUCUGUACGCUCCCCUCCCCGUGAACAGAUCCAGUCUCUGCUGCAGAAACUCGAGAGCAAGCUGGCCAAGCUGCGGGGGAAGGACUCGCCGGAGAAGCGACGCAAAAGGAAACCGGAGAAGGGCGACGCCCUCCCGCCGCUGGGGCCCGAGGAAGCGGAGCCAGCCGAGCAGAAACGGCCCAAGGCAGAUACGGCACGAGGGGAGGGCGGGGCAGAGCCCCAAGGAGGCGACUUUGGGACAUCACCAAGCCCUGUCACACACAACGGAGUGGAGCAUUUAUGAUCGGAGGCUGCCCAAGAGACUAUGAACUCGAGUUGGACCAGGGCUCUUUGGCCCCGCCCAUCAGGAGCAUUUUUUUUUUCUGGGACAGGGAUUCGGGGAGGGUGGGGGUGGAGUGGGGAGGGGUGGGGGAACGGCGGUGGUGAGGACGCUGACCGCAAGCAGAUUCCGCUGAUGGAUGGGCACGAGGAGGUCGAUUGUGUGGCCGGAAGCAGAGAGAUUGGAGCACAAGGACUCUCAGGCGACAUCUCUCCUUUGUUUUCCCCACCCCCCCCCAACCUCACCAUCCAGGGCAAAGAGGAACACGACAGGAGCGGGAGUGGGGGGGGUGUGCUGCGGCUUGCUUCCACCCCAAAUGACUUUAACUGUUUCAAAGAGGAUUUGCCUGGCAAGCUUCCCUCGUCCGGCCCUGUGUGUCUGUGUGUGUGUGCGCGUGUGUGUAUGAGAGGGAGGGUGGGGGGAGCCAGCAGGAGGAUUACGCCAUUCGGAACCCCCCCCCUCCCCCCGGAGGUCCUAUUUCCACGAGCGUGGAAGAGAGGGAGAAAGUCGUGGCUGCCGCGGCGACGGGACUAUUUUAUUUCCCUUGACGUUCGCCGUCCCAGACAGGAGCGUGUGCCCAAAUAUUUAAUUCCUUGCAGAGAGCCUUGGGGUGUUUGUGAAGUCCGUGAGUGCUUGUUGCAGCCCCCCACCCCCCGUAUUUCUCUCUCCACCUCACCCCACCAUCCAUACACUCCUACCCCCACCCCCCUUCAGGGUUUAGAGUGCAUACUGGUACUGUUCAAUAGCCAAGAGGUUCCCAGGUGCACCCACUGUGAUUAGGACAGGAACCCAUUUCUCUCUCUGCAAGACCUCUCUUUUUAUUUAAAAAGGUUUUUUUUAAAAAAAGACGCCUCUGUUUGUAAAGCACUCGCGCAGUCCGUCUUGUGUAUAUAGUGUCGGCUGCACAUUGUACAUUCUUCGUGAUGGCUGGUUUUGGGGCCAGCAUGCAUGCACGCACACGCACGCACACACACACACACACACACACACGCAAACACACGGGGUAGUGUUAGUUCCGCCUUGACCAGCUCGCCUACGUUCUCCCCCACCCCCAUCCUCCCUUAAAGGCGCACUUGCCUACACCAAGCAGGACUGUGGCAAAGGACCGCCAAAUGGGAGGUGGUUGGGGUGGAGCGGGAAGCCCAUGGCAGGGCUGUAGAGAAGCUGUGGAUUCAUCCCCCGUUUCAACCCCUCCUCUCCUGGAUUCAGGAUCCCUCAUUCCCCUCCCGGCCAAAGCCCCUACCUCUUCCCUUGCUCCUCCUGACAGACUUUCUUAAAACAUUGUAAUUAAUAUUCCAAGUGUAAGUAAUUUGUUAUAACUAUUUUUUUUUCCUUUUAUGCCUUUUUUUUUGUCUAUUUCAGGGUCCCGCUAGAAAUAAAAGUUUAGAGAUGUGUUUAAAAAAAAAAGAUUUCA